CAUAAUAAAUCUAAUUUAUAGCAAUAGAAAUCUUGUUCUUUGUAUAACAAAAGAUGGCAUCAAAGGAGAGCACUUUCAAGAUCGAAGCUGGUGCUGGUACCAUUAUUUUCGAUACGGACGAAGUGGAUCAGAAUCCGGACUCACCAAAUGCAACUUUGGUUCAAGAAGUUCAAAAGCUAGAGGUGGAGAUCGAAGCUGAUGCUGGGUCGGAUAAUGACGAAGUGGGUCAGAAUCCGGACUCACCAAAUGCAACUUUGGUUCAAGAAGUUGAAGAGCUAGAGGUGGAGAUCGAAACUGAUGCUAGUACGGUUACUGACGAAAUGGAUCAGAUUCUGGACUCACCAAAUGCAACUUUGGUACAAGCAGUUGAAGAGCUAGAAGUGGAGAUGAAAGCUGAUACCGUUAUUUUGGAUAGGGCCGAAGUGGAUCAGUAUCCGGACUCACUAACGGCAUCUUUGGUUCAAGAAGUUAAAGAGCUAGAGAUGGCGACACAGUCCAUACGUGAGGAGAUUAUUGAUAUGGAGUCUAAGCGCAAUGCUUGUAUCCAGGGAAUUGUGGGACUUGAGAAACUAUGCAAUGAGCUUGAUGGGAACUUGGAUACGGACCAGCUGGUCCAGACCAUUCUUCAAUUAAUCUCUGGAUUUAGCUUGGAAGAUACAAAGCCCAAUUAACGACUGUGAUGAGACCGUAUUUUCAACAAAAAUGCUGCUCACCCGUUGAUCAAUAUACACAUUAACCAUUUGACGAUUUAAAACAUAACCCGAAUGCUGCAUUCAAAAAACAACAUACAUAGAACGAUUAAAUGGAUAAAUAUAUAAAUGCAUAACAAA